AUGGCAGGCACGGACCAGAUGAACGAGAUGCUCUUCAUGGGCUUGAUCCUGCUGUGCGCCAUCGUGGUGUUUGCGGUGCUCUGGGCGCUCAUUCGCAAGUACUGCCCGGACAUGCCUUCCGACGAGAAGGCACCGUCCGGCGCUGUCCUCGAGGCACCAGCCGGCGUGGUCACUCAGGAGGCUUCCCAGCAGCACCAGCUGAAGAGGAUGGUGGGAGACGGCACGACGGUUACGCAGACCCAGUUAACCUCAGAGCCGAAGACGUUGGACCCGACGGCGGAGGCGAGUGCGGACAGACCUCACGGUGGCACGACGUCCGUCGAGCGAUCAGCGAAGCCCUCCAUGUCUCCCACACGUCGCCUGACCAACGCAGCACGCAAGGCUUCGGUAGCCGUGAGCCGCGCCGUCAAGAAGGAGACGGCCAACAUGCUGGAGGCCCUAUCGUCCGGUAGCGAAGCGGUUCACGCUAAAGCAGUCGCAGACGAGACGGAGGAUCUACCGUGCGACAACACUGAACCAAGAGCGGCGGACGCUGCGCCAGCGGACCGCCGACCUGCGCCAGAUGGCUCAUUGUCUCCCGGACGCCGCUUGGCGAACGCCGCGUGCAGGAUGUCGGUGGCCGCGGGCCCCGCCGUCAAGGAGCAUACGACGAACAUCCUGGAAGCCCCGUCCACCAAUACCGAGGUUGCCCAGGCUCCUCCGAAAGAAGACAGCCCGUGUGGCGCAGCCUCGGAGAUCACUGUGCAGGGAAGCAAAGCUCAGCCUCCGAAAUUGGUUUCACCUGUCAAAGAUGGCGGCAUCGCGGCAACCGACGCCAAGGCGCAAACGAAUGCGGCGGUUCCUGGGGAGCAAAUGCCGGCGAGAGCGGCGUCGUUAGCGGCGACUUCCACGGACAAACCGAAGGACGUGCAAAAGGUGAAGACAGUUGGGUCGGAAAAGCCACCGGAAGGCAAAGACGACGCCAAGCCGAGCCAGCCAUCGACUGUGGCCGGCGUCGCGUCUCCAAGCGACGGCCCAACCACGACGUCCGGCGUCAGCGGCAGAUUCGAGGAUAAAGCGAGCCCGGUAUCGCCGCCUGGCGGAGACACGUCCAACAGAAGGCACGCCAGUAGUGCGGACCACUCCCACGCCGACGACAGCGCGCUGCUGUCGCGCGAGCCCACGUCCAAGUCUGCGCAUGCGCAUCGCCAUCGCAGGAAGUCCAAGAAGAAAUCGCUAGCUGACGGCAGCACCACCGCCGGCGACGACGUCAUCGCGAAAUCGGACGUACACAGCGGUGUCGGCAAGUCGAGCACAAAAACGCCGGACGCCGCCGACCACAAAGCCAACGAACCAGAAUCUUCGACGCAACGGAAGUGA